AUGUCGAGAAGGGUUGUUGUCACAGGGUUGGGAGCAUUAACGCCACUUGGAAACUCACUCAAAGAGUCCUGGAACUCGUUACUGGCCGGCAAAUCGGGAAUUGUUUCGACUUCUUCCCUUAACAAUGCACAAGACUAUGCUUCGCAUUGCCCGCCCACCGUGACAGUAGGUAAAGUCCAAGACUUUGAUCCCAAGAACUAUGGAGACUUGUUCUCCACCCAGGAUCAGCGGCGCAUGAGCCUCUUCACUCUUUUCGCAAUAGCCACGGCGCAGGAAGCGCUCGGAGACGCCGGGCUCCUCCAAAACCGUUUUGUCGAUAGAGACCGUUUCGGAUGCGUGAUCGGCUCAGGGAUUGCAUCCAUUCACGACACUUACGACACUAUCAUGGACUUUUCUGCAGGCAAGCGGGUAUCUCCGACGUUUGUCCCCAAGAUUCUCAACAACAUGGCUGCCGGGAACGUCUCGAUUAAAUUCCAGCUCCGAGGAGUGUCGCACUGCGCAUCCACAGCUUGUGCUACGGGAAACAACUCCAUUGGCGACGCCUACAAUUUCAUUCGUCUUGGCUACAAUGACAUUUGUCUUGCCGGUGCAAGUGAGGCUAGCGUCCACCCACUCGCUCUUCAAGGAUUUUUGAGAGCGAAAAGCAUCACACCAACAGGCAUAUCACGACCUUUUGACAGCGAACGUGACGGUUUCGUGUUAGGUGAAGGAUGCGGAAUUGCUGUCCUCGAGUCCUUGGAACAUGCGCAACGUAGAGGUGCCCGCAUAUACGCAGAAGUGGCAGGUUAUGGCCUCAGUAGCGACGCUCACCACAUCACCUCACCUCUUGAAAGUGGAGACGGUGCAAGGCGAGCAAUGCAGAUGGCACUGGGUGAUUACGCCCCGGAUAAGGUUGGCUACGUGAAUGCUCACGCAACUUCCACGGUACUAGGCGAUCGAGCGGAGGUAAAUGCUAUCAAAAACGUAUUCGGUGGGAACAGGAACUCAAAACUUUUUGUCUCGAGUAAUAAGGGUAAUAUGGGCCAUCUAUUAGGUGCAGCUGGCGCGGUAGAGAGUAUUUUCACGAUCAAAAGCUUACACCAUGAUGUUAUUCCUCCUACGCAUAACCUCGACGAUAUCGACCCGACGUUUGAAGUUCAAUCUAGAGAAUCCACAAAUAUGCAUUUCGUAAAGGGACAGCCUCUUGAAACGAGUCUAAAACUAGCUAUCAAUAAUAGUUUUGGCUUUGGAGGUGUCAAUUCUUGCAUCCUUUACAAGAAAUGGGAAAACGACGUUUAA